CACACGCAAACACACACGGACGCACGUUCACAUCGUCCACGAGCGUGCUCGUCAUCACACGCGUGUCUGUGCUCUCGCUUUGUUCUUUGUUGAAAGCACGUAUUUGGUGUCGCGUCACCCUGUAUCUUCGCGCGCGUCGCCCCACAUACACACUCGUGUUGAUCGUAUCUUCUUCUUACGCCGGCUGUGUUGUGCUGUUGUUGCCCGCGUUUACUUUUCCUCUUGCUCACUGUUCCUUUUGUGAGCCAACGCGUUGUCUCUCACGCCUGUGGUUUUGGUCGCCUUGUAUCUGGUGGUUCGUAGGUUUCGUUUGCGGCCGUCUUCUGUUUUGGCGCCAAAACUUGCUUCGAGUCCCUCAAACUCUGCUUGCUUCAUAACGCUGCACGCACCUUCGUGCAUUGCCUUGUCCAUACUCUGUACUCCAUCAUGGAGCCAACGCCGCGUGUGCUACGCGACACUGCAGCACGGCAGGCACGACGAGCCGAUGCCUCGCUGCGCGCCGAACAGGCGGCGCCUGACCGCACAGCGGACGUGUCCCGUGAACCAGUGGCUUCGCGCCGCUCUACGCUAUCGCUUGACACACGCGCUCGUCCUAGCGACGCUGGCCCAAUUCCCCUGCCAACGGACGAGCACGAUUCUGAUGGCGCAGGCUUCGUCUCGUCUUCUGUGCUGCACCAAUCAGUUGGUGGGCACGCUCGUCAGCUGGCCCUCAAGGCUAUCACCUACGUUUCCGAAGACACCGACGACCUCGCCGGUUGGCUGCGGCGCUUUCGCCGUGCAAUGGGCAUCGUUCGCGUGCCUGAAGAAGAGUGGGUUGACAUGGCGUCCUUGUACAUGACGGGCGCCCUUGGCGAAUGGACAGUGAGCCGUGCGUUCAAGUCCUUCGACGACUUCGAGUCGUCUGCAAUCGCCGCAUUCGGUGACCCCAGCCAACAGUGGCGUGCGCGCCUGCAGCUAGCGGGAAUCCGUCAGACUGGCAACAUUGUCGGUUACAUCCGCGCGUUCCGCAAGCUUGUGGCGACGGCCAGCAUGCGUGGCAACGAUGACCUGCUAGUCGCACUCUUCGUCAACGGCAUUCGCCUUCCGUCCACCCGCCGCGAGCUCACAAUUCGGCAGCCCGUCCUCCUCGAGGACGCCAUCUCCAUUGCCCUCGACUUGGGCGCUUCUGAGCAGUAUGACCAGCGUGGUGGAACACGCAACAACGGCUCAAGUGCCCGACGUGACAGUGGGCGUCCAGCCUGGCGCAGUGACCGCCGUGACCCGCGAUAUCAGCGUGACCGACGCCCUCGUCGGCAGGACCGCCACACUCCUUCAAGCAUCAACGUCGUGGAGGACGUGCAAGGCCUCAGCAUCUGCAGUGUGGGCGCCCCAACGCAGCGGGCCACGGUGCGCGCAGUCGUCACUGGAGAACUGGACGGCGAGCCUCGUCGCAUGCUGCUCGACACCGGCGCUGAUGUUUCUUUCGCCUCACCACAUCUGCUGCGUGAUGCUACAUCAGCCCUGACCCCUGUGUCGCUGCGCUAUCCAAACGGCACCACCUUCGUGGCUCGUGACGCCGCUCAUAUGCCUGUCAAGGUCCCCGGCGUGCCUGCUGUUACAGCGACGCUGCUUGCUGCUCCAUGCCCAUCCGAUGUCGAUGCUGUGCUUGGUACUGAUGUGCUAGCCCAGAACGACUGGGUACUCUCCUUUGUUGACGACACGGUCCGUGUGAGUAAAACAUCGCAGCUCUGUUCUUCCUCAGCCACAACCCCCACAGUCAGCGCGUCACCUUCGCACGCAUGCGUACAAUGCCGUCCCGAGCCGCAACCUGCUCCAACUUCUGCAUCACGUACGCCCUCCACCGACAUCUCGGUCAAAUGCGUUUCUGCUACAACUGUGGCUGCCUAUGUGCGUCGGGACGAAGUUGAGGACGUAUUCGUCGCGCUUGUGUCGGCGCAGCGCAGUGACCCGACACCCGCACAGCCGGACCACGAGCUGGACACCUUGCUUCACGAGUAUGCGGAUGUGUUCUCCAACGACCUGCCUCGUUCACUGCCCCCACGCCGCCCAGAAGACCUCCGCAUCCGCCUUCAACCAGGAGCCAAAACGCCCCCCUACGUCCGCUACAAGCUAAGUCCCCCAGAGCGGGACGAGCUUUCUCGCCAGCUGAAAGAUCUGCUGCGAAAGGGCUUCAUCAGGCCGUCAUCCAGCCCAUUUGCAGCCCCUGUGCUCCUGGUCCGCAAAAAAGAUGGCAGCAUGCGGUUCUGCGUGGACUUCCGGCGCCUCAACCACAUCAGCAUCAAGGAUCGUUAUCCCUUACCAGAUAUGCUGUCUGUCUUGGCAAAAUGCGCCGGCCACCGCCUGUAUACGACACUGGACCUCUGUUCAGGAUACCACCAGCUCCGAGUACACCCGCAAGAUGAGGACACGACUGCCUUCGUUUGCGAUGACGGCCAAUUCGCCUGGCGAGUUAUGCCAUUUGGUAUUGCUAACGGCCCACCUGUCUUCCAAAGGCUCAUGGACCGUGUCACUGCCGACAUCCCUGGAGUUCUUGUCUACCUCGACGACAUCGUGGUCUUCUCCAACACGAAGCAUCAGCACCUGCGCACCCUUCGCCGGGUGUUCCAGCGUCUCCGCGACGAACGGCUGGCUCUGAAGCCCAAAAAAUGUGAAUUCCUCAAGCCAUCCCUUCUGUUUCUGGGACAUGUGCUCUCCUGCCAUGGCAUAUCCGUCGACCCAGACAAGGUUGACGCCGUCAUGAAGCUCGCCAAGCCUUCAUCCAAGACCGAACUGCUCAGCUUCCUUGGCACGGUGAACUACUACCGUCGCUUCCUACGCAACAUGGAGGACAUAGCAGCGCCCCUGCGGGAGCUUCAGGACCUCGCUGAAUGGGGUGAGGCACACGAGCAUGCUUUCAACGCUCUCAAGCAAGCCCUAUGCAACGCGACGACACUUGCGCCUCCCGAUCACAACGCCCCCUUUAUCAUCAGAGCAGACGCAUCGGACAAGGGUAUCGGCGCAGUUCUUGAGCAACACGGCCGUCCCGUCGAAUUUAUGUCCAAGAAGCUCACAUCUGCUGAGGCUAACUACCCCAUUCGCCAGCGUGAGCUACUGGCCAUUGUGGUGGCCCUUCAGAAGUGGCGCCAUUACUUCGGCUUCUCCACGGUUGAAGUCAUCACCGAUCACAAGUCUCUGUUGGACCUGCAAACACAGAGCAAGAUUUCCGAGCGACGCAUCCUCCGCUGGAUGGAGACCCUCGCAGAGUUUUCCAUCAAAUGGACCUACACGCCCGGCGUUGACAAUCAUGUACCUGAUACACUCAGCCGCCUCGUCGGAUCUACCACCACUGCACUCGUGCCAACACAGCUUGGAACGAACUAUGAGGCCGAUUCAGCGUACAAGAAGCUUCUCGCGCGCCUGUCACCGCCUUUUCGGUUCGACGGCGACGUUCUUCUCUUCCACGACCGGCGAUGUGUGGUGAAGAGCGAUAUCAAGGCAGUUCUACGCCACGCUCAUGAUGCCCACGGACACCCUGGCCUAUUCAAGACGCUCGGGCACCUGUCCCGUCGUUUCUUCUGGCCAAGAAUGUACUCUGAUGCGGCGGAGUAUAUUCAGGGAUGCCACACCUGCCUCAUGUCCAAACCCGCCGUGCGGCCAACUGCGCCUCUGCAGCCACUCGACGUUCCACCGUACCCCUGGCACACGGUUACUUGCGACUUUGUGUCAGGCUUCCCCACCGUACGUGGCUUCGACACAAUUGCGGUGUACGUCGACAAGCUUAGCAAGACUGUCCACCUCGCGCCCUGUUCGAAGACGCUCGAUGCUGCUGGGGCGGCACGGCUGCUUGUUGACACUGUGGUGCGUCACCACGGAACACCAUGCAGAAUGAUCUCGGACAGAGACCCACGCUUUGUCAGCAAGGUCUACAAGGAGGUCGCCAAAGCUCUCGGCAUCAAACUCUCCUUCUCCACAGCCUCACAUCCGCAAACGGACGGCCAGUCGGAAAGGAGUGUUCAGUCCGUUACCACACUACUUCGUUGCCUUGUGGCUGACAACCUGCGUCCAUGGCCAGACCUACUCCCACUGGUUGAAUUCUGCAUCAAUAGCAGUCCACACGCCGUGACAAAGGUGCCGCCCUUUCAGGCCACACAAGGAUUCACGCCGUCGCUGUUUCCAGUUGACGUCGACUUCUUGUCUCCUGUAGCGGAGGAUCUCAUCGACAGCAUCAACGCGACGGUGCAGAGAUGCCGUGACAUGCUCCAGUACCAGAAUGCAGUGACGACGUCAUCCCAGACAGCAACAGCUACGCCUUUUGCUGAAGGGGAAGACGUGUAUGUCUCAUCUGAGCUCCUCCUCGACGACCAGCACCGAAACAAAAAGCGGAAGCUUCGUCCGCGUUUCCUGGGUCCUGUGAAGAUCAAGCGUGUGCUGGGUCCGGCACACGUUACUCUGCAACUACCGCCUGGCGUCCACAUCCACCCGACCGUCAACAUCAAACACCUGAAGAAACCCACACGCCUGCCACGCGAUGUGUCUCGUCCACCGCCUUUGCAUGGCAGUGACGUCUACGAGCUCGAGAGCAUUCAGGGGCAUCGAACUACACGGCGCGGCACUCAAUACCUUUGCAAAUGGAAGGGGUACCCCAGCACCGAGAAUACGUACGAGCAUCCAGACAACCUCCUGGGCAAGGAUGCACGACUGCUGCUUGCGAACUACAAGCAGCAAUUUACGCAGGGGGAGAAUCUGACCAUCUGGACCAAACCGCUCUCCGAGGCGGGGAUCACGCUCCCUGCCGGUCUGCUGCCCACAAACCCUGCUACAUCGUGCAGUGCUGCCCUCGCUGCUGGCCUCACACGCAGCGACGCAUACUUUCUUCGUGCCGGCGAUGACGUGUUCCGUGGCUACUGCGACCAGACAACAGCUGGCGGCGGCUGGCUCAAGAUCUUGCACGGUGCCGGUGCGGGAUAUGGCAGUGCUUGGACGUCUGCCAAUGCAGGCAGGGCCCUUGGCGAUGUGAGUCAGGAGAGUGUGAGUGGCCUUGCUCGCCUCUCUGAUAACACCAUCAACGCCUAUCUUGCAGCGCAAGCGCCGUAUGUGUACCGCUUCAAGUCUGACUGCGUUAGUCAGCAAUUCUACUUGAAGACGGGCCAGACCUACAACGACGCCCAGUUUGGCAUGAACCUCUUUGGGGGAGGUGCUGUCGGAUGCAUGAGCACGAACAAAUGCAACCCAAGUGAUUCACGCGUGAUCAGCGGCUACGUGCCAGACAACAUUGGCUUUGUAGGCGAUGGCUGCCUCAGGUUCUUCCAAGGCCACGUCUACGGCCAGGAUUACCCAUUCCAGUGCUAUUCCCCGAACAAGCGCUCGACAAACGCGCGGUGCUUUUCCUCUGGCGCAUCAUGCACGUGCAACCAGCCCACUUCCUCCUACGCCGUCCACUCCAACUUCAGGAUCUUCGUCAAGAGCUUUGCCGACUUUUGA